AUGAGUGGCUUGGAUGUGGAGGCUUUGCUGGACGCGGCGGCCAAGGGCCCCGAGCGUAAGCCGACGGACGACAAUGACCAGGACAGGGAACGCGGUCGAUACCGGUCUGAUAGCCGGGCGCGCGACCGAGGUGACCGCGACCGCGAUAACGACCAGCGACGGUCACGCAAGGACCGCGAGAGGAGGGACGCCGCUAGCCCGGGCAACAGGAGCCGCAGGGGGGGGUCGCCGGCCGUCGACGCGGUGGAGGGGACCCCCCGGAGCGACACGGGCAGCCACAAGAGUAGGCGCAGAAGCAGAAGCCGAGAUGAUGACCGCCGUCACUCACGCCGCCACCACAGAGACGGCGACUACUACCGGGGUGGGCGGGGCCGAACGGCCGACUCCCGCUCCCGCUCGCCCUACGGCCGGUACAGGCCCCGAGACGAUCACCGCCGCGGCGACAGGCGGGAUCGACGUGACCGCCGCGACUACGGUCGGGGACGCGGUAGUCGUGGAGGAACUGGAGGAGGAGCUGGAGGCGGCGGCGACGACGACGACUACGGCCGAGGUCGCGGGGCUAGGGACGACGGCGGCCCUGGACGCCAAGGUUCCGAGGAUGAGAGGGACCGACGCACCGUCUUUGUCCAGCAGCUCGCCGCUCGUCUGCGCACUCGCGAGCUGAAGGAGUUUUUCGAAAAGGCUGGCCCAGUCAACGAGGCUCAGAUUGUCAAGGACCGCAUCAGCCAGAGAUCCAAGGGAGUCGGUUAUGUUGAAUUCAAAGACGAGGAAUCUGUUGCGCAGGCCCUGCAGCUCACGGGACAGAAGCUCCUAGGUAUUCCUGUCAUUGUCCAGGUCACCGAGGCCGAGAAGAACCGUCAAGCCCGCACGACCGACUCGGGCAACCAUCCGAAUUCGAUACCUUUCCAUCGUCUCUACGUCGGAAAUAUUCACUUCAACGUCACAGAACACGACUUGCAGGCCGUGUUUGAGCCCUUUGGUGAGCUGGAGUUUGUCCAGCUCCAAAAGGAUGACACUGGCCGUAGCCGUGGCUAUGGUUUUGUGCAAUUCCGCGAUGCUGGCCAAGCUCGAGAGGCACUGGAAAAGAUGAAUGGCUUCGACCUGGCCGGACGUCCAAUCCGUGUCGGUCUUGGAAACGAUAAGUUCACCCCUGAGAGUACCGCCAACCUGUUGCAGAAAUUCUCCGGCCGUGACCAAAACAAUGGCAAAUUCCAGGGAUCCAACUUCUCCGGUGCCGGCGGACGCGGCUUACACCAGCAGCAGCAAUCGGCCGGGUUUGACCGAGCCGGCGGCCGAGACGGCGAGAAGUCUGGCGGUGCCAGCGCCCUGGACGAUACGGACGUCGGCGGUGUUAACUUUAGCAACUACAGUCGCGAUGCGUUGAUGAGGAAACUUGCUAGAACCGAUGAGACAGCCGUUGCGACAAACGGCAGCGGUGCCGACCAACACCAGCAGGACCAGCGCCAGAUGCCUAAGCCCAAGGCCGAGGUCAAGGCUCUACCCGUCAAUGUCAACAUGGCGAGUCGCUGUGUUGUUCUUCACAACAUGUUUGAUCCCGAAGAGGAAGAGGGCGAGGACUGGGUCAAGGAACUAGAAGACGACGUCCGUGAAGAGGCCGAGAACCGCUACGGCCACGUGGUUCACAUCUCGGUCGAUCCCAACUCCAAGGGUGACAUUUACCUCAAGUUCGACAAGGUGCAGGGCGGGGAAAACGCCAUCAAGGGUCUCAACGGCAGAUACUUUGGUGGACGGAUGAUUGACGCCUCCCCUGUUGUAGACGCCGUCUACAGCAGUUUGUUCUCCCGUUCGCGGGCAUUCUAA